AUGGGGUCUAGUGAGAUUUCCAGUUCCAUCUGCACAAAUAACGAGUGUGCCAGGUCCAGCGCCAGAGCCCACCUGCCCCUGGGCUGUGACCACCGAGAACCAGCUGAGGGAGGAGAAGCUGAGCCUCUUGGACUUCCCUCCCCAGCUAGUGGCAGAGCAGCUGACAAGGGUGGCUGCAGUGAGCAGCAGGGCUUGCAAGGGCCGGGUGACACUCCGAAUCUUUCUCAGCAGCUGUUCAAGACAUUGGUGUCCACCCACUGCCUGAGCUCCAUCUGGUCCCAGCGUGACAACAGGGUCUGCAAGUACCUGGCACUCACCAUCUGUGACACUAUCACCUACACCAACACUGUGGCCAACUGUGUCAUUGUCACCUGCCUCAGGGACCCAAGCCUGACAGCCCAGGACAGGGCCAGGGUGGUGGAGCUCUGGAUUCAGGUGGCUGAGGGAGAGCUCUCAUCGCUUAAGAAGUGGUGCAGGAGAGAGCAGCACGUGAGCAGGAAGCUGCUCCUGAAGGAGGCGACCGCCGUGUUAGAGACUGCAGAGAGGGCCUGCCAGGGAGCCCAGGAGAGGCAGCGGCAGCAGGGUGUCCUCCCCUCCCUGGUGACAUUCUUCAGUUCCCUGGAGCUGCUGGACGCUGCGAUGGAGGAUUAUGUGGAGUGCCCUGCAGGAUUCCCCCAGCCCUGUGUGCAUCCCGUCCUUCCUCUGGCCCAGGAAUUCAAACUCAUGGAGGAGAUCGAGCUGCUCCAGGAGGCUACAAGUCUGUACACCUUGCAGCCUGUGGAGCACUUUGGGGCCUGGUUCCAGGCUGUGGAGCCCCUGAGCGAGGAGAAGAGCUACAGCCUGUCCUGCCAGCUGGAGCCCUGAUACCAGUGGACCAGAAAGAUUUGACUCCUCUUCAAAGACAAGAAGAACUGCUCAGGGCAGAAAACUAGGCCCCCAACAAAGAGCCCAGUGGCGGCGGCUGAUGACCCCCCUGAGACCAGCUAAACCAAAGCCUGUUCCUCAGCAGCGGGACUAAGCUGGGACAUUCAGGGUACAUGGGGCCACUUCCUCCCAUUCUGAUGAGGACAACUUUGUGAUCCUUUCCUGGGGUCCCCUGAAGGCCACAAGGGAGGGGCCAAUCCCCCCAUCUCCCUCACACCUUUUCCCCAGUGCCUUUUUUCCCUCUUUGGAGGGGCGGUAUUUCUAUGGUCUGUGGUAAAUGCUGUGUUUGAAUGUUAUAUUAAAUGCCUGUUUCUUUCCCA